CGUGUGUGCACACGCGACGGCCCGCCCGCCAGCUCGCCCACUCGCACGCCCCCCCUAGGGCCCCCCCAAACAGCUCACACGCGCUGUGUACACUGCGCUGAGCCGCUGCCCUCGCGUGCAUUCGGCCAUUUUCGCGCGCGCGCGCUCGCUUUCGUGUGCACGCAACUCCUCCACUUUGGGCUCCCCGCUCUCGCCUCCACGCCGGCACCGGACGAGAGAGAAACCGAGACCGAGAGCGACGGAAGGGGGGGGGGAAGCCCCCCAACCGUCUCGUAUGGUGGGGGGGGCCGACAUCAAGCUGCGGACAGAGGAGGGGGGCUACGGGGCCUGACGGCGAGGAGGAAACGAUGUCUUUCAGUGCAACCAUUGUGUUCACUCCGCCCGGCGGAGGUGGCACAUCCAUGUUCAACGCCACGCAGUCCGUGACGCCUUCCUCAUCUGCCGCCGGGGCUCUGGGCGGCGACCGCACGCCGCUGUCGGGCCCGUCUGUGGCAGACGUUUCGGCGGGCGUGCAACAGCAGCAGCAGCAGCACUCGGCCCCUGUGCCCGUGAGAGGCCAGGGUGUGCUGCCGUCGAACCCUGAGCACCUGCUUCACCUCAUCUACCAGCGAGUGGACCGCGCCGUGUCGCUGGCCGAGGCAGCCGCACUCGCGCAGCGGGCCAAUGCGCGAGCCCUGCAGGCGGUGCAGGCCGAGCUGCGGGCACUCAAGCAGCAGGCGUACGGCGGUGCGGCGGCGCACGAUGCGUACUCCAAUGGGGCCGACUACCGGGACGCAAACUCGGGCGGCGUCUACUCGAGCUCGCCGGAGACCUCCACCGCGGCCAAGGAUUCGCACGCGGCCGAUGCCUCUCAGCAGCCCCACCUCAUGAAGGACUUCCACUCGGUGGACUCGAUGGCCGACUUCCACCAGGCGGCGCAGGGCUACGGUGGGCCGGGGGCCGACGCUUCCGCCGCCACCCACUGCUACGCCGACUACGGCGAGAGCUGGGACGGCGAGGCGGCGGGGCUGGGCGCAUCGCACGCCAUGACGCCGCCGGCGCCGCACGGCCACCAUCACCACCACGGGCACCACCACGGGCACCACCACGGCGCCGCGGCGGCGGCGGUGCCCGGCUCCUCCGUGCCCACGUCUGCACCGACCGCCGCCUCGACUCCGGCGCCGCUGCCGCAGGUGGCGGCGGCGGCGGCGGCGGCGGUGGCGGCGGCGGUGGCGGCCGCGGCGUCUUCGUCGUCGUCGACGUCGCGCCGCGUGCGGGCACGCGGAAACUUGGGCUCGUCGUCGUCCUCGUUCGGAUCGCACAGGCGCAGCGGGGGCGGGGGCAGCGGGGGCAGCGGGGGCAGCGGCAGCAGCUUGCACAGCAACAACACAAGGCGGAGGAAGAGGGACCUCGUCGUGUCGAAACUAGUUCAUCGGAUCCACAACCAGCAAGGCAACGACCGGAGGUUUAACGGGGCCGAAGGGCUCAAGUCUGGCUGGAACAUCACUGUGAUGCGGUACUUGCUGGAGAGACUACGGGAAGAGCUGGCAGACCAACACUACACGGAGAAGGAGUUGAAAGGUGCAUGCGUGUCGUACUUCUUGACCAAGAGGCGCGAGUACCGCAACUCCCAAAACCCGGACCGGAGCCUGCGGGAAAGGGAGGAGAAGAAGCUGAGAAGCCGGCGAUAUCGGCUCUUCGGAAACCGCACGUCAACGGUGAAGCUGUUCCCACCGGAGGACCAGCAGCUGUGGGCCGGCGUGACGGAGGAGCUCAUGUCGGACGAGGAGGACAGCGCCGUGGAGCCCGGCGUGUGGGUGGCGCGGCCCCCUCGCUUCCGCACGCCGGCGCUCACCGACCUUUGCCGGCGGCUGGACGCGGCGUCGCGUCACGGCGCCAAGCCCAACCGCGUGCUGGGCCCGCCGUCGGAGCGUGCCGCGUCGCACGAGGCCUACCGCCUGGCGCCGCACCUGGUGUGCCUGGACGACACGCUGCCGCCGGGCCCCGUCAUCGACCAGCACGGCGUCAUCUCGUUUCCGCUCAGCGACGACCCUUCGGAGCUGUGCGACGACGACCCGGACGGCGCCCACGGCUAUGGCGACGAGGAGCAGCACGGGGACCCCCAUGACGACGGCAUGGAAGUGAAGGAGGAGAGGGACCUGUCGUGAGCAUGCUGACCGACCGCGCGCGCCGUGAGCCGCGGGAGUGGAGAGCGAACGGGGAGGAAAAGUCCAUUGGAGCGAGUGGCAAAACCGUUCGGGGUCGGAGCUUUCGAGCCAACCAGGCACUCGUAUUCCGGAGCUGUUCCUAACCCUAACUCAUCAACCAAACACUAGCCACAAUGAAAACCAAUUGGUCAACGAGCCUCAAGCGCUAUCCUUGGCCAAAUAAACUAGCCAAGCAGAUGCUAACUCUCCUUCGAACUCAAACACAAUAGGGAUAUAACGAUUUAUUGAUUCGUCGAUUAAAAUAUUUUUUUCAGGAUAGGUUUACCGAUUCAUGGGCAUAACAAUUCACUGUUUACGAUUAACAUAUCUUGGGUGUGAUUGGUUCAUAGAAACCCUUUCAUGUACCACACUGGCAAAAAAGCGAUUGGCAAUUUAAAUAUAAAUCCUAAUUGUCCAACAUGCAUCAUCGUUGAGGGGGUGAUUCAUUACUUCCCUACAAACUAGUCAACAAGCGCUAGCCCAAUCCUCGACUCGUAACACUAACUCUCUCGCCAGCAGUGGUCCUCACUAGACCUCCAUUCGCAUUUCUGCUUGCGUCUCACCGUCGGGGUUCACAGCGUUGCUGGACUGUACCGCUCGGUUUCAAACGUCGGUUUUCUUGCCGUCCCGACUCACCGAGCACGCGGCCCUGUGGGAAGAGCACUGAACUCGCAGUCGGCAAAUCACGACUUCAUAUCUUGGUCGGGCUCUCGAUUCAGCCCACCCGCAUCACUAUCGUCCCUCCAGGGAUGAUAAAAAAAAAAUGAGCACUACUUUGUGGGAAGCCAGCUGUGAGUCUUCUAAGGAUAAACUUGUCAUUACCAUGGGAAUGUCAAAUUCACACCUCUGGCUCCCAAAGGAGAUCAUCACCAUCAUCAUCCAACACUCGUUUGAGCGGGGAGAUGCUGACUUGAUUGCCACCAUCCCUUUUACCACACAACUGUGCUUUUAUUAUGUUUUUUUCAGCUGUCUUUGUUAUUUAGACAUGCUAUAUUAGUCAUAUUGGUCUUGGUGGCACUGUGGCGAGCAUUCCAAUUCACAGGGUGCCAAUUGUGAUAUUUGGACAAUUCUUUAUUACGUAUUUCAGCAAGUGAAAGGCAAUUAGGGUGUCAGGUGAAAUACAAUUAUUUUUGAGUUACACGUGGCACCUUUCUGUAACAAACUUGCCACCCAAAGUGCCACACAUAGGUGGUGUACCCCUAUGUCAGCCACCUACUUGCUGUACUGUCAUGUAUCGGUCACCUCUCAGCCCAGCAGACUGGGUGUCUCAUGUACAUAAACUUUGUGUCAUCUAUGAGAUCCUCCACCAACAGUGCUGGAUGAAAAUCCUCUGCCACCAUGCCAGACUUCAUUAUUUCUACAUUCAAUAUUAUUGCCUAAACACUUGUGCUGGCAAUGUUUUCUAGUCUUGCGUUGUUUCACUCUUGCUAUUAUUUUGUUUGUUUUGCUUGCCUUGCCGUGUUCAUUAUUAGUUUUAUUUAUAAUUGCUAUUCAUUUCAAAGUGAUUAUUCCAUCAGCUAGUGACUUUAUUUAUACUUGCACUGCUGUGAUGUUAAUGUACUUUUAUUACUCGUUUUUAUGUUUAUUUUACAAUUUAUGUUAUUUAUAUUAACAUUUUUUUUUAUUAUUGCAGCUCCCACAGGUGUGCUUUUCAAAUUGUGUUAAUAUUUUCAUACUUGGAACGGUAAUUUUUUUAGGUUUUAAAAAGUCAAGGAAAUGUUUUUUAUGCUCGUAAUUAUUACAUCAACGGCUCUGCUAAUAUUUGUAUUAACUUUAUUGUGAUGGUAUUACUAUUAUUAAUGUUAUUAUUGCUAAUAGUAGUGCCAGUGAUCGAGCAACAGGUUAAUGCUGUAAUGCACUCAUCAACUUUGUUUCAAGAGGCAGCUCAGGAUCUACUGGGAACCUCACCCGAGCUGUAAAUCUUCUUUAAGAUUUUAUGAUUUCAUGAUUUCAAUGACAAACUUUAAACGCGGGAAAAACACGCAAAAGUGCAAAAUAAGUAAAGCACGUUCCGCUCUCCCUUCAACUUUCUGAACGAGCCCUGGGCGUCACACAGAGGGUAACACCGUCACUCCAGUGACGGUGUCACGCUGGAAACUGCUGGGGCAAAGGGCGACCGGCCAAGCAAAGACAUUGCAAGGGAAACAAAGAGACGUCAACGAAGCGGACUCGGCGGGGGGGGGGGGCGGAAUGAAUUCUGUUUGUUUCUCCCUGGGGUGGACUUUGGAUUUGGGGACGCUGGCAGUGCCGCGCACCGGAUGUCUGCCGACGAAAGGCGCAGGACAGAUUCUCCUGCACUACGCACGCACUGCAUUGUGCGUGGCUCCUUCGCCCACCGAGACGAUGCUGCUGCUGCUGCUGCUCCUGCUCCUUCACGUCGACGCUGUGGAAUUUAAAAUUUAAUGAGACGCUGGCAAAAAAAAAAGGAGCGACCCUUUACGACAUUGCGUUGAAUCUGUGACGAGUUGAUUGAUGACCACGUAAAGCUACAAUUCCAACGGUUCGAUGUACUUUAAACAAGUGCGCAUUGUUCUAUAUAUUUUUUAAGGCCUGUCACUAGGAUAUAUUAUUUCACCGACUAAAAUGACGUAUGCGCGGUAACAACGUGCAGGGACCCACCAAAGUUUUACGAAUCUUCCACGUGGGACCAUAGUCAUUAAAUCAAGUAAAGUUUGACUAUGUCAAAUAUUAAUAUUGCUGCACCCAUGUGCCCGUGUAUAGGAGUGGUUGUUUUAUUUAUUUGGCCUUGUUUUCUUUCUACUGUAAUUGUGUGGGUAGUCUUUACAUGUAACUAAAUAAAUUUGCUUAGAUAACACUGGAACAAUGACGUGUAUAAUAUACAUUACAUGUAGAAGUGCCAUGUAAAAAAAAACCAUGCUGUAAUACAUUUAGGCAACAAAAAAACAAAUCACAAACUUUAUAAAAUACAACA